GUUUAUGCUGUUAUGGUGUGUUACUCAGAUGAGCGACCUUAGGUCCAUCUUGGCACCCUUAUAUUUUUUGAUUUGAUAGUUGAUGUCCCAAACUGUCUUCAACUGAAAAAAAACCCAGGCACAUCAAUAAUACUCCAAGUAAAAUAUUAAAUGCACCUGCUAUUGGAAAAAUUGCAGUGAUUGGCAGUCUGCUAUUGGACAGAUUCAGUAGCAUUUAUAUGCCAGCUCCGAUACAGGAAUAUGCUUGUUGAUUGUGGAAUGGAAGGAAUGUGGUGAAUAUAGAAUUAUUAUUCAUGGCAUUUUAGCAAAUUAUAAAUAAUUUUGUACUUCAUGUGAUAUUUAUAUUUGAGUAAAAAAUAUAAUAUAAAAGCAAGGAUUUGGCUUGUUGUGACUGUGAUAAAUGCUUUUAGAUAAAAAAACAAAAGAACAAAAAAAAAAACAACAACAAAAAAAAAACAACAUCCAAGCACAGGAGCUUGAAUGUUGUCAUUUAAAAUAAAAAUCAAAUUCUUAAUAUUACAACAUUGGAAUAUUAACUUCAGCUGCAAAUAUAUGUUACUUUAACUAUAAAUUUGAAUUUUUAAUUAUUUAGAAACUAGAAUAACUGAAAAAUGUCUGAGGAAACAAGUAUUAGUUCUGUUGGAAUAGAGAUUUUUGAAAAAGAAGUGAAUAUCGAUGCUGCAAAUCUUCUAACUGAAGUAAGUAGUACUGAUGAUAACUUGUCUGAUUUGUCUGACGAUCCUGAACUGGUUUUUGCUGACUAUGGAAACGGGAGAAGUCGAAAUUUGACAAAAACACGGAGAACCACCCAAUCGGAAGAAAACUUGAAUGAUUUGAAUUUGGUUAGCAACUAUUUAAAUGUUGAAAAGUACAAAACUAGGAACAUAGUCCAAUGUUCAGAUGACAGUUUAGAUGAAUUAAAGAAGGACAGUGGAACGGAUGAGGAAGAUUUAAAAAGUAAGGAAAAAAGCGAUGUUGAUGACUCUAGAGAGCCUGAAAAGCCUUUGAAAGGGAAAAAGCUUCUUAAAGCUCAAAUCAAAAAUGUUGUUAAGUUGCAACAUUGGAAGCAUAAAUGUUUUUAUUUGUUUGAAGAAAGCAUUGUAGAUGUGUGUAGAAUGUCAGUAACAGAACUUCGAUUUAUAGAGGGUUUGAAACCCAAGUAUAUUAAAUGGGAGCGGCAUCAGUUGGUUUUGGAUAAGGAUGAGAUAAGAGGAGCAAAGGCUACAGGUUACAUGGAGUCACCCAUUCCAUAUUCAAGUGUAGAGGAUGUUCAUAUCAUAUCACGAUGGGAUGCGGGACAGAAAUUUUGCAUACGUGUCACAAUACAAGAUGGCUCAUUGUUACUGCAGGCAAACAACUCCCAUCUACGGGACCAGUGGCUGUAUUCUAUUCAGUGGAAGAAACACAUGUACAAAUAUGAGAAGUUGUUGAAAAAUGCGAGACGUCCUGAAGUUCUGGUGAAGGAAAUCAAGAACAUGAUAGAUGUUUCCUUGCACACACCAAUACAGGACCCUAGUGUGUAUCAGUUCCCAUUAGAUCUUGUGUCAGAACUUCUGCAAAGGAAUGCAGAUGUUAUAACUAAAGUGGCACAUGAGAAUAUUAUAGUGGCUCUCGCGCCAUUGCUGGAGAACAAUCAUCCAACACAAGAAAUUUGUGACUUUUUCAGUAAGCACUGCAAAAACAGUCCCAGAUCAAGCAUUGUGAUAGAGUUAUUUACCCCUGUUGUACAGCGGAUACUCAAACAUAAUAUGGAUUUUGGAAAAUUUCCACGAAUGCGUCAGUUUGUUCAAGAAUACAUACAGGCCCUGAAUUGUCAAAAUGCAGGCCUUGAAGUUGUUAAAGAAUUCAUCAAAAGUAUGCAUGGUCCAGCAAGUGUGUGCCCGCACCCAAGAGUUCUGCCAAAUCUUGUUGCGGUUUGCUUGGCAGCUGUCUACAGUCUGUAUGAGGAUAAAAAAUUGAUUUAUACUGCAGAUACAGUCACUGAGUUUAGUUCUUUCUCCUUGAUAAUUGUUCAGAAGGUGUUUACAGUAUCAGGUCAAUACCGGUUUUAUACUGGUGCUUGCCCAUCCUUGCCUGAGGUAUCAGGUCAAUACCAGUUUUAUACUGGUGCUUGCCAACACUUGCCUGAGGUAUCAGGUCAAUACCAGUUUUAUACUGGUGCUUGCCCACCCUUGCCUGAGGUAUCAGGUCAAUACCAGUUUUAUACUGGUGCUUGCCCACCCUUGCCUGAGGUAUCAGGUCAAGGCCGGUUUUAUACUGGUGUUUGCCCACCCUUGCCUGAGGUAUCAGGUCAAGGCCGGUUUUGUACUGGUACUUGCCCACCCUUGCCUGAGGUAUCAGGUCAAGCCCGGUUUUAUACUGGUGCUUGCCCACUGUUGCCUGAGGUAUCAGGUCAAGGCCGGUUUUAUACUGGUGCUUGCCCAUCGUUGCCUGAGGUAUCAGGUCAAGGCCGGUUUUAUACUGGCCUGAGGUAUCAGAUCAAGGCCGGUUUUAUACUGGUGCUUGCCCAUCGUUGCCAGAGGUAUCAGGUCAAGGCCGGUUUUAUACUGGUGCUUGCCCACCGUUGCCUGAGGUAUCAGGUCAAGGCCGGUUUUAUACUGGUGCUUGCCCACCCUUGCAUGAGGUAUCAGGUCAAGGCCGGUUUUAUACUGGUGCUUGCCCAUCGUUGCCUGAGGUACCGUUGCCUGAGGUAUCAGGUCAAGGCCGGUUUUAUACUGGUGCUUGCCCAUCGUUGCCUGAGUGCCCUUGCAGAUGACCUGUUCACAUCAAACAGAAAGAUUGUACGAAAUAUAGCUACGACAAAGUGUGGGUCCCCCCAGACGAUACUUGGUAACGAGAAGGGAAAGAAGGCGGUUAAAGGGGCACUAAUGUUUUUUUUUGCUGAAAAGGGAAAAAAACUUUUUGUUGGCUUGAAAAAAAAGUUGGGACCAGUUAUGUUACUGUCCCUACGAGAAAAUAUUGCUGCAAUGGAGGUACUUUGUGCGAUGUUAGAAUGUGAUGUUGUUGAGAAUAAUGACCUCAAGAUGCAGAUGGUAACAACACUACAGAGUACAAUGUCGGGAAAACGUAUGUACGCCGAUCUCUGUGAGAGACAAAUCGCACUCAGGGAAUUGAUUUAUUUAGAUCUGGACUUAGAAAUUUUUUAUUUGAUAUUUCAGUUUGGUGAUGUUGGUUUACAGAAAAUAUCGGAACAUCUACACAAGCUUCAGGUUCUGAACCUGUGUGAGACACCUGUCUCUGACAAAGGUCUUAGCUCACUUGCUGCACUCAAACAUUUACGGAAGUUGAAUCUGAACAGCACAAAUCUUUCAGCACUGGUGUUUGAGGGACUGAAAGAGAAGUUACCGGCGUUACAGGAGUGUGAUGUUCGAUACACAGAUGCCUGGUGACUAAGCCACGCUGGGCUCAUCUGAGCCUGGCACCAUGAACAAUUUGAACAUGCUGGGUUCAUCUGAGUCUGGCACCAUUAACAAUUUGAACACGCUCAGCUCACUGAGCUUGGCUUAAUAUAAACUGAAACAUGUGGUCACUGACAGGUGGCGUUACAUAAAAUCAUAAUUACUGUAGUAAUUUGUGAAUGUUUCAAACUUGUGUAGUCUGAAUCUUGUGUUAAGUAUUCAUUAUGUUGAACAUACAUUACCAUAGUUAUCCUGCCAAAGGCAUAUGUAAAUAUCCAAAACAUACAGUACACUUCAUAGUUCAUAGGUAAAAUUGUUGAGGUACACACAAAAUACGCACAAACAAUAAUUAUAUGAUAUAGAUUUUAUACAGCAAUUUCUGAAAUGGUUUAUACAUAGUUGCCAUCAAAGGUUCAGAGAAUUAUGCUUUCACAAUCAUUUGACAAUGUUUCACAACAGUAUGAAAAUGCAGCUUUGCGAAAUAGAAAAUUUCUAUGUAGAUUAGGUAAUGUUCACACCACUUGCAUGAUUUUAAAGACGACAGAUACAUGUCUCUUAUGAAAGAUUCUCUCAUUCUGGUUGUUACACUCUUGGUGACAAUGUUUAUUAUUAACAAGAUUUUUGAAUUUGUGUCUCUUCAUUAACAAAAAUAGCAAAAAUUAAAGUGUUGCGAACAUUGCCCAGUCUACAGAAUUCUUUUUAUUUUUUUUUAUUUUGAGCAAUCAGUGAUUCAUUGUGAUUCAAUAUUCUGUGUUCUUGUAGUAUGAUGUAAACCCUUUCAUCCUUAAAGUAUGAGUUUUACACCCUGAUGGUGUGAGGAUUACCGGUACCAUCAAAAAUCCUGAUUUUCACCCUCUAAAAUUAAUUUAAUUUAAUUCCUUUCUAAAAUUCUAUUGUUUGCCCUAUGUGUAAAAUAGAUUUUCAAUGCUCUUUCAAAUCCGAAUUUUCACCCUUUGAUAAUAAGAGUUUUCAAUGCUAAAAGUCAACUCUUUUUAAAAUGUAUGGUUUAACUUUUAAAAUUUAGGGUUUUCAUCCAUAAGGGUUGCAUGGUAAGAAGGGUACCCAGGUAAAAUUUUGUAAAAAAUUAGUGUUACAAUCAUCAUUCAAGCUGUCUACCAUCUAGUACAUUUGCAAGCUUUUAUGCUACAAACAGAUACCUCAGCCCUGAUACAAGAUUUCUAUUUAGUAUUCUCUUUAUUGUUUUGAUCUGAAGUAAAAUAACUUCUGGUGUAAUUUCACUUUGGCAUGAACUUCAUCUUAAAUGACUUGCUGUAAGGAAAUGAGAAGUAUUUAUAGAAAAUUAAUUACCAUGAAAUAAAUCUACCAUUCAAUAUAGUAUAAUGUUUUAUGUCUGUCUUUUUCAUCAUUCUUGUAGAAUUAGUUUCCUUUGAAAUAAUGAAUGUAUCCCCAACAGGUGUUCAUUUCCUUUACAUGAUGAUAAUGCCCAUCAUAUUCUGACACGAAAAAUCCUAUUAAUUUUCGCUGAUGCAGCCGUAGGGUUUGUCACUAACUAACUUGUAGCGACCAAGGAAUGAAUAUCUAAUAAAAAUACAGAAUCAGAUAUACAAGUUAGUGUGUUGUAUUUGAUGAAUUUAAUGAUAAAAUAUUAUUAAUCAGUUAUAUACAGCAAGAAAUAAUUCACUUGGGCUAUGAACUCAGGAAAUUACUGAUCUUAAUAUGUA